AUGAAGGCCUCACAAUGUUCCGUCGGAAUUCUGCGUUGCAUGUCCAUAUACGCCAGAUAUAUGGGCUUAGUCUGCUUUCGAUUUAGAAAGCAUAAGGAUAACCAUAUAUUGAUGGAGGAAAUUUGGAGUAAUUGUUCGCGUUGGAAGUGGAUUUCUGUUAUUUUGAGACUGUUGCCACUCUGCAUCUAUGCGUAUACGUAUGCUGAAUGGAUCUGUGGCAGAAUGCUAAUCAGUGAAAAAAUGCUGCACUUGACUUGUCUUGGGAUUUCGAUACCCUGCUAUUUGUCGAUGAUUUACUUGAAGAUCUCUCAUGGCCCAGAAGUGACACAGUUGGUUAACCAAUUUCUGGACAUCUUUCGCCUGCAGAGAUCCUUGGACAUCCCCCGAGGAAGAAGUCAAUUUGGAGGCGGUAGAGAGUUGUUUCUAAUCAUUCUCUCAGUUUUUUGUCAAGCUCAAGAAUUUCUUUUUAUCAUGGUGAUAGCACGCGAACUUCGUGGUCUUAAGCAUAUUAUUCAGUGGGUUUGCUGCACAUAUGUGAAUAUCAUCGCUUAUUCGAUCAUGUGUUUUGCUUUCAUCUGGUACCUAAGCCUGGGUAUUCUGUACGCCGAGCUAAACGAAAAUCUGCGUUUUGAGUCAAGCUUUCAAACGGCAUCCUUAAGGAAAGAACAUAAAGCUAGGGUACAGAAAUCGAUGACACUUUUCAAGGAGAUAUCCUCUGUAGUUAGCUCCUUGCAGGACAUUUUCGAUGUUCACCUGUUUUUGUGCGCACUCCUGACACUUCUGCAAGUGCUCAUCGCUUUGUAUAAAAUGAUCAACGAUUUGGGCUUUUCUGACUUCUGGGUUUGGUCAAUGUCUUUUAAAAACUUACUGCUAACACUCCUUCCUGUUUUGGCCAUUCAAGAAGCAGCCAAUCAAUUUGGUCAAGCUCGACAACGAGCACUGGAUAUUUUCUUUAUUGGAAAGUCAAAAAAUUGGAUCAAAUCGGUGGAAAUGUUCGUAAGCCAAUUGAAUCUAAACGAGUUCAGAGUUAAUUUAUUGGGCCUCUUCAAUGUGUCCAACGAACUGUUUCUUGUCAUUGUAUCUGGAAUGGUUUGCUAUCUGGUUUUUAUAACACAAUGUGUAAUUUUGCAUCGCAGACUUAACUUUAAUUUGGAAAUUUCAGAAACCAACUAA